AAUCGACUUUCGAAGUGGCGAAGUAAAAUAAUGUUAUUAGAAGUUUUUGUAACAAUUCAUCAUUAACAUUAGUUUUUAAAAAUUAAAAAUGACAAGUACCAUUUCUUAUAACAAUGAGAAAGUCGUUCAAGGUGAAGUGGAAUAUCCCGCUAGUGAUCCGGCCUCAGGAGCUUUCUUUCAACCAGAUUAUAAAAAGAAUGAAGACCUAAAGCAAAUGCUGGAUGGGUCUAAAGAUUCUUUGAAACUGGAGGCUAUGAAGAGGAUCAUCGGAAUGAUUGCUAAAGGGAGAGAUGCAUCUGAUUUGUUUCCAGCAGUUGUUAAGAAUGUAGUGUCAAAAAAUAUAGAAGUUAAGAAGCUGGUGUACGUGUAUCUCGUGCGGUACGCUGAAGAGCAACAGGACCUUGCCUUGUUAUCCAUCAGUACAUUCCAAAGGGCGCUGAAGGACCCAAAUCAAUUAAUUAGAGCGAGUGCUCUCCGAGUUCUAUCAUCCAUCCGCGUACCAAUGAUUGUCCCAAUUGUAAUGCUAGCGAUACGCGACUCGGCCAGUGACAUGAGUCCAUAUGUUAGGAAGACUGCUGCUCACGCCAUUCCUAAGCUGUACAGUCUAGAUCCAGAUCAGAAGGAAGAGCUGGUCGCGAUCAUAGACAAACUUUUGUCCGAUAAAGCGCCUUUAGUUGUCGGUUCAGCGGCCAUGGCUUUCACCGAAGUGUGUGGAGAUCGCAUGAGUUUAAUUCACAGAAGCUACAGGAAACUUUGCUCCCUACUGGCGGACGUGGACGAAUGGGGCCAGCUGACAUUGCUGAAUGUCCUGACCGUCUACGCCAAGACCUGCUUCCCAAAUCCAAAUAAUGAUAGCUACUCGAGCGACAGCGACAAGCCGUUCUACGAGUCGGACAGCGAGGGCGCGGGGGGGGCGGAGGGCGCGGUGGACGGCGACCUGCGCCUGCUGCUGCGCGCCGCCAAGCCGCUGCUGCAGAGCCGCAACGCCGGCGUCGUCAUGGCCGUCGCGCAGCUCUUCUACCACUGCGGGCCCGUUCAAGAAUUACAGCCGGUAGCGAAGGCCAUGGUUCGUCUGCUGCGGGCGCCCAUCGAAGUGCAGAGCGUAGUGCUGAACUCCAUAGCCUCCCUCACCGUCACCAGGCGGUCCAUCUUCGAGCCGUUCCUGAAAUCGUUCUUCGUUCGGAACUCCGACCCGACCCACAUUAAGCUCCUGAAGCUGGAGAUCCUCACCAACCUGUCGACGGAGACCAGCGCGCCGGUCGUGCUCCGCGAGUAUCAGACCUAUGUCACCUCCAACGACAAGGCCUUCGUGGCCGCCACCAUACAGGCCAUCGGCAGGCUCGCCGUGGCCAUACACACCGAGACGGAGACUUGCCUCAACGGACUGCUGCAUCUGCUAUCGAGCAAAGAUGAGUGGGCGGUGUGCGAGGCCGUGGUGGUGGUGAAGCGCGUGGUGGGGGGUGGGGCCGCGUCCGCUCGUGCCGCCGUCUCCCGCGCCGCCAAGCUGCUGCUCACCGACAGAUUAGCAGGCAACGCCCGCGCAGCCGCCGUGUGGCUGGUGGCGGAGCACGGGGCGAAGCACCCGCGGGCCGCCGCCAUACUGGCGCACAUGGCGUCCAACUUCGCCGACCAGGACGAGCUCGUGAAGCUCCAGCUGCUGUCGCUGGCGGUGAAGCUGUCGCUCACGCAGCCGGACACGCUGCCCAUGUGCAAGUACGUGCUGGCGCUGGCGCGCUACGACGCGAGCUACGACGUGCGCGACCGCGCGCGCAUGCUACGCCGGUUCGUAGAGCCCGAGCACGGCGGCCUGCUGGGCCAGUACGCGAAGCACAUCUUCUGCCCGGACAAGCCCAAACCGACCGUGCAUUGUAAUUACAAAGAACGAGACCAGUACACGGUGGGAUCUCUCUCGCAGUACAUCGGCUCGGCGGCGGUCGGGUACCGCCCGCUGCCGUCUGCUCCUCGGGAGACCAUUGGAGCAGAGCUUCGUGAUAUCGCUGUGCCUGUUAGUACACCUGCAGCUGAAGAGGGACAGAAGAACAAGAGCUUCUACUCGGAGCCGGACAGCGACGGCUCGGAAUCCUCGUCGGCGACCUCGUCUGAUUCCAGCAGCUCCGAGGACUCGUCCGACGAGGAAAAGUCAAACGGUGUUGAAAAGAAAGAGAAUAAAACAAAAGAAACGAACAAUUACAAAUCAUCCAACUCAGACUCAUCAGACUCCGAGUCGGAUAGUGACACGUCGUCGAACUCGGAGAGCGAGACGGAGGGUUCGGAGAGCAGUGAGGACAAUAACAAGAAAGAAAAUCAAAAGGAAACACCGAAAUCAGAAGUAAAGGAUAAAAAGAAUGAGAAGUCAAACUUAGAAUUGCUUCUGGAACUGGACGAAGUUGCCAGUUCGUUGCCGACCAUGACUCCCACUUGUGGGGGAUUCUUAUCCCCUCCGACGGUGCCACCGCCUGGAAUUGGUGACGCGGACAGUAUCACGCCCGUCGGCCCGUCGCUGGUGCCGCCCACGCAGACCGAGGUGAUCCCGCGCGUGACGUCACGCGGGCUGAGCGUGACGCGGCGCUGGUCGCGCGCGCCGCACCUCUACUCGCACCGGAUGUGCGCCGUCGAGCUCACCUUCACCAACCACACAGCCGACGACAUCGACAACAUCCGCGUCAACAGGAAGACGCUAACAGGAGCGCGCGCUAUCCACGAGUUCGCGGUGAUCCCACGCCUGGGCGGCGGCGCCAGCGUGACGGGCACGUUGGGCGUGGACUUCGCGGACACCAUACAACCGAUUGAAUUCACAAUCAUCAGUUCAUUAGGUGAGGUGAGUGCGUCGAUCACUCCACCCGUGGGGGAGUUGAUGCGCGCUGUCAGCAUGUCGUGUGCGCGCUGGGACAGAGAGCACAGGGGACUGCGGGGCAUGACCGAGUGCAACAAGCAAGCUGCCAAACUGGAGGAUGAGCAAGCUGUGUGCAAGCGAGUGUUCGAGACGGCCAACGUGGCCGCCGUCACCGCCACUGGAAACUUCCUUAGGUUCGCCGGUCGAAUGAUGUCAUCGCAAGAUUUAGUUUUGUUAUCUGUGAAAAUAGAAGAAGACUCCUCUAUGGUCACCGCCAAUUGUUCCAACAUGGCGAUCGCGUCGUUGUUAGCCAAUCAAAUCGCACAGGCGUUUGCUAGAGAUUAAAUUAAAUUGAGCGCGCAUGUUGUACAUUUUUUCUUACAUUUAAUUUGCCAAUAGCUUAAUUAGAUUUAUUCGAAAAGACUCGAUUUAUAUAUAUAUAUGUAUAAAUCGAGUCUUGAAUAUAAUUAAGAUCUGCAUUGGUAUUCUUAAUAUUUUUCAACUUUACAUAUUGUUGUACUGUAAUGAUGAGGUGACAACUAUUAAUAUUUAAAAUAUCAUUCGCUAAUAAUUUACGACCAUAAUGUAUAAGCGUUGAUUAGCGAAUGAUUAGUUAAAAUGCCGCGUCUUCUUCUUUCAAAUGUCAAAUCAAUAAUGAUAGAAAGAGAGAUAUCAGUGUUUAGUCUAGUUUAACGUUAAUAUAUACCACUUCACUUAUAUUAUGUAUUUUUUUUUAUCAAAUACCUGUAAAGUAGACGAUUUUGUAAAGCACUGUAUUGUUUUUAAAACUUUUCACUGUGCUUAGGUAUAAGUUGUACUCAUUAUACGUAAAGUUCUCAUUAUACGAAUAUAUUCAUA